UUUCCCUAAAACCUCCAUUUCCCAUUUCGCCCUUUCGUUUUGGUUUUUUCCGUUUCGCGAGGAUACGACAAACCACCGAACACACAAAAGAGAAAACCCACGCAACGGUGUUGUCACCAUGAUGGGUCUCAACAAGCUCGGAACAGCGAUAACGGUGAUAACCGCCGUUACUCUUGCGGCACUCGCCGUCGAGAUCGUGUACGUGCUUUGGCAACGCCGUCAGAGAUUCCGUCCACGCGUGCGCGUGGAACCACAAGAAGCUUCUCUUCCGUGUUCUUCGUCUUCUCCUGGCGAUAGGGAGCGUGAGCGUGAGCUCGAGCUAGAGCUCGAGCAACAUGUGAUGAAGUGGCAGUGCCUUAACGGUCCUUCGAGGUUGCUCUUCACGAUCAAGGAGGAAGAGAGAGAAGAGUUAGAAUCCGAGAACGAUACCUCCGCGGAAUGCAGUGCCGUGGCGGUGACGAAGUUGAGCGAGCGCGUGGUGGUGGACGAGGUGGCCGUGGUGGUGGAAGGGUUGUUGAAUGAAACGACGCCGUUUUCGACGCCGUGUGCUUCUCCCCCGUAUUACACACCGUACGCUUCGCCGAGUCGCGAGGCGUGUUACAAAGAUAAAAACGGCGAUAAUGGAUGAGUCGUCGUGAGUGAUAACAGAGUUUCACUGCCACACUCGCUUAGUCAUGAUUGAACGACCCAG